AUGGAGGUCUUCGCCGAGCGCACGGUGGGCAAGGUCCGGAAGCUCCUCGGGAAGCGGGACAAGGACAAGGAGCUGCGCGAGAGCUGUGACGAAGUGCUCUCGCACCUCAAGGCGGGGACACCGAAUCUGCCCGAAGAGACAUGCGUCGGCCCGCUCUUCCUCGCGAUCCUCUCCAAGCAGAGCAAGAUCACGUGUCUCGCCAUGGACUGCCUCGAGAAGAUGAUGGCCUUUGGCUACCUAAAAGGCGACCAGCCAAUCUCGACGAGCCUUCAGGAUCGCCUGCAGCGCGCGCUACAUCUCACGGACGAGACCAUGAACACGACGCCGACCGGGCGCAUGCUGCUCGUCGACGCGGUCAUCGAGGUCGUAUGCAGCUGCAACGAUCACUCGGAAAACGACGUUCAGCUGCAAGUGCUCAAGGCUGUGCUCACGGCGGUC